AACACGAACACUGCCCUCACAGGACCGAAUUUUGGUCUCGUUGGGCCCCAAUGUCGCUUGGCUGCUUGGCGGUACAAUGCGACCUGCUCACAUCUUAUCACCCCGCAACAGGGUUCUCGUCGUGCCAACCGCAUCCAGCUCGCAUAAGCAUCACAACGAACGCCGGCCACGGUGACUGCACUGCCGUUAUCAGCACGCAACAGAGCUGGACCUGCAUGAGGAUAUCCACUAUCCAGCUAGGAUACUCCCUUCCCACCACCCCUGAUCCAUGGCGGGUUGCGCCGUCUGCGAAUGACGGCGGUCAGCAAACACGAGUCGGGGGUCGUGGGGGGGAGAGACGCCGAGGCGCAGGAUUCUCUGGCGCAGGGGGAACCGCACCCGGCUGGCUCGGAGGGUUCGCCUGACAGUAUCAUGGGAUUUCCUCGGGCCAGAUUGACGGCGGGAGGCUGAUGGUCUCGAUCGAAGAAUGGCUUUGUGUGCCCGGCUGAGGAACUCAAUCUCACAGCAUAGGG